AGACAGUCUUUUGGUAUUUUAGCCACCCCUCUCUCUCUCUCUAUAUAUAUAUAUAUAUUCUCUAUUCCGGAUAAGAGAGUGUUUAAUAUUAUUAUUUUUAUUAUACAAGUGAAUUGCAUUAAAAAGAAAGGAAGAAAUAGAAACAUCUUUAGCAAGAAAAACAUGAAUGGUCAUUCUCCAAAUGCAUGGGAAGGCAGUCGGGUCAUGAUUAUCGGUUCCAUGGGGUUCAUUGGCGGGUUCAUAGCCGAAGCUAGCCUCGAAUGUGGCCACCCCACUUACCUUCUGAUCCGGCCUGAACUGGCUUCCCUUUCUAAGGCGUCCACCAUCAAGUCUCUCCAAGACAGGGGAGCUACCACCAUAUACGGCUCUAUCAAAGAUCAAGAUUUAAUGGAGAAAGUGAUUAGAGAACACAAGAUUGAAAUUGUGAUAUCAGCUGUUGGUGGUGCAAGCAUAGCAGACCAAGUCAAGCUUGUUAAUGCCGUCAAGGCAGCUGGUACUGUAAAGAGAUUUUUGCCAUCUGAAUUUGGCCAUGACAUAGACAGAGCUGAUCCAGUGGAGCCAGGGCUUGCCAUGUACAAAGAAAAGAGACAAGUUAGACGUUACAUUGAAGAAGCUGGGAUUCCCUACACUUACAUUUGCUGCAACUCCAUAGCUGCCUGGCCUUACCAUGAUAACACUCACCCUGCUGAUGUUCCUCCACCAUUGGAUCGUUUCCAAAUCUACGGUGAUGGAACAGUUAAAGCAUAUUUUGUUGCCGGUUCUGAUAUCGGAAAAUUCACAAUAAAAUCAAUUGAUGAUAAUCGAACACUCAACAAAACUGUUCAUUUUAGACCUCCAAGCAAUCUGCUAAGCACUAAUGAGCUUGCCUCUUUAUGGGAAGAGAAGCUUGGAUACAAGCUGCCCAGAGUCACCAUCACAGAAGAUGAUCUACUUGCUGCUGCUAGAGAGAUGCGGAUUCCACAGAGCAUAGUUGCUGCCAUUACUCACGACAUUUUCAUAAACAGCUGCCAAAUAAACUACAGCAUGGAUCAGCCAAAUGAUGUUGAGGUGUGCUCGCUCUAUCCAGAGUUGCCAUUUAGAACCGUUGAUGAAUGCUUCAAUGAUUUUGCCGUGAAGAUGAACAGCAAUCCGAAACUCGUUAACAAGCCAGCGAACAAGAAUGGCACCAUGAUGCCAAAUCCUAAACCAGAAGCUUUAUUUAUUACAGCAUGAUAUUCGGGAGAACAUAUCCCUUUCAUUCUCGUGUUUUUAUGUUUGCGACGGAAAAUCUAUUGAUAUAUUCUUCCUACCUAGGAUAGGGAGAUGCUAUCAAAUCUAGCAAAACCUGUUUCUAGCAGAAUUUUGUUUGUAUGUUAUGAGGGUGCGGUGCUGCGUUAGCAAUAUACUGCAUUUUUCUAUUA